AUGGCAAAUCUUUCCAACUGGCGCGUAUACCCACACAACCAAUGGAGCUUCAUCAACGUCGACAAAGUCCUCAAGACACGAACAAUCCAACGAUCCACAACACCUCACCCACUCCCCAGCGCCCCACUACCCUUGGAAACGUCCUUCCACAUCCGAGUCGACAACGACAUCCUCGACCUAUCAGCGUACAUAAAGACUUCCUCCACCGACGGCCUGAUCGUCCUGAAGCAAGGCAAGAUCGUCUACGAGAAAUACGCCAACGGAGGUUCCGCAACUUCAAAAAACAUCAUGAUGUCUGUGACCAAGUCCGUCAUGGGCCUCCUCGCGGGCAUCCUGGUGGAUCGCGGCGAGCUGGAUCCGGCCGAUUUGGUCACGAAGCACGUCCCAGAGGUAUCCCAAGCGUUUCGCAACGUCAUGAUUCGACAGUUGCUGGACAUGCGGUCGGGGGUGGUGUAUAACGAUAACGAUCCGGUGUAUCAGUAUGCUGCGGGUUGGAAACGGUACGAGGGGAAGCCUUUUCGGAACGUUCGAGAUUUCCUGUCGAAGUUUGGACCAGAGAGGGUGGAGGAUGAGCGCUUCGAGUUCACCGGUGUCAACACAGAGAUUUUGGGGUGGGUGAUGGAACGAGCCAUAGGCCACGGCAAGACCAUCGCCCAGCUGCUCCAAGAACUAUUCUGGCAACCGAUGGGCGCCGAAAGCGAUGCCCUGAUGACCAUCGACGAGAGCGGCAACACUCGCGCCGCGUCCGGAUUAUGCGCCACUCUCAGAGACAUCGCUCGCGUAGGCCAGCUGGUCGCCGAUGGAGGCAGGGGCAUCGUAUCUCGCGAGUGGUUGCGGGACAUGACCAAGGGCGACAAGGAGGCGUUCGCCAAGAGCAAGUGGCCGGAGCUCUGUAUGCUGUUUGUGGAUCCUGUGAAUGAUAUCGUGGUGGCGAGGUCGGGGUCGCAGUCGAAGCCGCUUGAUUAUGGGAAGAUCCACUUGACGUUCGUGGCGUGGAAGGAGAUUCGGCGGGUAUUGCUAUCUCAAAACUUGGGUGCUCCGAGAGAAUCAAGGCUUUAA